AGGGCGAGGGACCGCAGGGCAGGCGACACACAGCUCGCAGCCAGCAGCCAAGAGCCAGCGGCCGGUGGCCACGAGGUGCCCGAGUCCAGCGCCAUGGGUUUGCUCGAGUGCUGUGCCAGAUGUCUCAUCGGGGCACCCUUUGCUUCGCUGGUUGCCACUGGCUUGUGCUUCUUCGGGGUAGCUCUGUUUUGUGGCUGUGGCCACGAAGCCCUCACGGGCACUGAGCAGCUCAUUGAGACCUACUUCUCCAAAAACUACCAGGACUACGAGUAUCUCAUCGAUGUCAUCCACGCUUUUCAGUACGUCAUCUACGGCACGGCCUCCUUCUUCUUCCUCUAUGGAGCCCUGCUGCUGGCCGAAGGCUUCUACACCACCGGCGCCGUGCGGCAAAUCUUCGGGGACUACAGGACCACCAUCUGCGGCAAGGGGCUGAGCGCAACGGUAACCGGGGGCCCCAAAGGGAGGGGAGCGCGAGGCCCCCAGCGAGCUCACUCGUUGCAGCGGGUGUGUCAGUGUUUGGGAAAGUGGCUAGGACAUCCUGACAAGUUUGUGGGCAUUACCUACGUGCUGACCAUCGUCUGGCUCCUGGUCUUCGCCUGCUCUGCCGUGCCUGUCUACAUCUACUUUAACACUUGGACCACCUGCCAGUCCAUUGCCAACCCCAGCAAGACCGCGGCCAGCAUUGGCACCCUGUGUGCAGAUGCCAGGAUGUACGGUGUCCUGCCCUGGAACGCUUUCCCUGGCAAGGUGUGUGGCUCCAACCUGCUCUCCAUCUGUAAGACCAGCGAGUUCCAGAUGACUUUCCAUCUCUUCAUCGCGGCCUUCGUCGGGGCAGCUGCCACGCUGGUCUCACUGCUCACCUUCAUCAUCGCCGCCACCUACAACUUUGCUGUCCUCAAGCUGAUGGGCCGAGGCACCAAGUUCUAGCCGGCGAGGUGGAGCCCAGCCAGGCCAAACGCCCUCCUUUCUCUAACCCUGAGGCUUUAACACUGCAGCCACCCGACACCAGGUCUCCUGCGUUAACUCUGCCUUCGCUGCUGACUCCCCUCCUCUUCCUCCCUCGCCUCCAUCGUGCUGAGCGUGGCCAGGAAGGAGAGCUUCCCACCAAUGGACACCUCUUCAUGCACUUUUCUCUCUCUGCUCAUCCAUAACCGGUUCGCUCUAGGGCUGAGCCCAUCCAAACCAGCCAGAGAAGAGGAGGGACUUACUCCAGUGUCCUGAUAUUGCCUAGGGAUGAGCAAAGGCCUUCAUGCUCCUGGGAGGAAGAAAACCAUGUAGCUUGCUCCAUUAGUAGCAAGAGGCUACGUAGAGAGAAAAGGAAGUUGGCCCAGUCCUGGUACCAUUGCUCGAGACUCUCCUGGAGCUGUCUGCUGUCACCACCUCUGCGUGGAGAAUAAGAGAAGGAUUGUUCUUUCCCCUUAGCAAAAGAAGAUGAAUUUACCCCAAAUUGCCUGCUGCAGCCAAGGCAAAGGGAGUUCAGGGCAAGGAUCUUCCCGCUGUGGAGAAGAGAGCGCUGACCCCAAUGCUGAUAAAGCCCUAACCCAGCUGCCCCUAUUAAAGCCUGAAGGAGGUUGGUGUCUCUGCAGCCAGGGGGGACGCUCAGCUUCACACUCCAGGCACCAGAGAGGCAGCAGAUAGGUGUGAUGGAGAGGGGACUGUGUGCUGUGUGCCCCAGGAACAUCCAGCCCGAGCCAUCCCUCUGUAGGCAGUGGGUGGGCCUUUGGGCUGUGUGCCUCUGCCUGCCUGCCCUGAGCUGCCCUGGGCUGCACUGCCCUGAGUUACCCUGUGCUGCACUGCCUUGUGCUGCACUGCCCUGAGCUGCACUGCCCUGUCCUGCCCUGCCCAUCCUGCCCUGCCCUGUCCUAUCCUGCACUGCCCUGCACUGCCCUUCUCUGUGCUGCCCUGACCUGUCCUGUCCUGUCCUGGUCAUCCCCAUCCUGCCCUGCCCUGUCCUGCCCUGCCCUUUACUGCCCUGCACUGCCCUGCCCUGCCCUUUACUGCCCUGCCCUGCCCUUUACUGCCCUGCACUGCCCUGUCCUGCCCUUUACUGCCCUGCCCUGCACUGCCCUGUCCUGCCUUGCACUGCCCUGCCAUGUCCUGCCCUGCCCUGUUCUGCACUGCCCUGCUCUGCCCUUUACUGCCCUGUCCAGCCCUUUCUUGCCCUGCCCUGUGCUGCCCUGCCCUGUGCUGCCCUGUCCAGCCCUUUAUUGCCCUGCCCUGCCCUGCCUGCACCACGCUCGCUGCCCGCUCCCAGCCCUUCACAAUGGUGCUCUUCUCUGGGGUGACAUCUGCUUCUCUAACCUCUGCCAUGUUGCAGAGCCUGAUUUGUUUCUCACUUGUGUCCAAGGUAACUUCCCUUCAUUCUCUUCCUGCCUUUCCUCCCGUUGUCUCCUGCCAGUCAGGACAACUCUUGUGUCUGCCAGGGUAGGAGGGACCGGCAGCAUCUUGCUUCCAGCCAAAACCCAUGGAGGAGUUGAGGGGGGAAGGAAAGGCGGUGGUUUGAGGGUCUUGGGGCAGAAACACAGCCUGUCUGUGCCAACCAGACCCUUUCUGGUGCCAGUUCAGUCUUUUCCCAUGGAGGGGGGCAGCGGGGGCGAGGGGUUUGGUGGAGACAACCUCUCCCCUAUGAUGGCUUUGCAGGGCAGCUGGAGGAAAGCCCUCUGGCUGGGGAGCAUGGCUCUAACCAGAACCACCAAAAGGCUGCUUCCAGCCCUCCCUGUCAACUGGUGUUUUGUUUUGCUCUCCCCUGCCUCUCCUUAACUCUAACCUUUGUGUUUAUUUAUUGGAGGAACUCCUUUCAGUGGCAGACUGCCUCCAUCUCCCAUGGACUGAUUUUUUCUUUCCCUGUCUGUACUAUUAUAACAAGAAGUGCCUGUUUCAGCAGGGGCAAGGUUAAAGGAGCAGAUCUGCUGAGCAGAGCCUUCGAAGGACUCUUGCCACCAGCAAUGCUGAAAUGGGUUGGCCAGGCUAGCAACGC